GCGGUUCAUGCCCAAUUGCUGCCCCCGGAGUACAAAACGAGCGCACCGUUCCCCGCCGCGUAUGCGCAGUGGCGGUUCACAAUGUGGCGGAGUGCUAGUAAGCGUUUCCACGGGUUGACUCAGCGACAUCACGGUUUGAUCUCGAAAGUGUGCGUCCAGCAGCUGUGCAGCAGCCGCAGCAGUGAGUUUACAGAUGGCAGCUUUGAUGGACUGUACACCGGACACAUUCCCACCACCCCCAUCCAGAAAGCCCUGCUGGCUGUUGGGUCAGGUGUGGCUGCACUACAGGACCCCUACAGACAUGACAUGGUGGCUGUGCUCGGAGAGACGACGGGACACCUAGCCUUGUUGAAUCUCAGGGACAGGAUGAGAAAUGACCCUGAAGGCCAAACAAUCCUAACAGAACGGCCCAGGAUCCGACUGUCCACGCUUGAUCUGACCACGAUGGCCUCGCUGCCCGAAGGCUCCUUUGGGAGAGAAUACCUCCGUUUCUUGGAGGACAACCACGUGACCCCUGACUCGAGGGCAGACGUGAGGUUUGUGGACAAUGAGGAGCUCGCCUACGUCAUGCAGAGAUACAGAGAGGUCCAUGAUUUGUUGCACACCUUACUGGGCAUGCCUACAAACAUGCUGGGCGAAGUGGCAGUAAAAUGGUUCGAAGCCGCUCAGUUAGGGCUUCCCAUGUGCGCCCUCGGAGCUGUGCUGGGCCCACUUCGGCUGAGCACAAGCCGUUUGCAGACGCUGUUCACGUCUCUGGGGCCCUGGGCGCUUCAGAACGGUCGGCGGGCCCGAUGCGUCCUCAGCGUCUUCUACGAGAGACGGUGGGAACAGAACCUCGAAGACCUCCGGCAAGAGCUCAACAUCGAGCCGCCCCCCCUUAUACCGAGUGCAUCCAAACAGAGGAGCACCUGAGACAAAAGUCUGGGGAUUACCUGCCAAAAGACUUUUAAACGGCAGACAAACCGUAAAUAUUGGAGGUGUGCCUGUGACACUGUGGAAGUUUUAAUAUGAUCCACUGAGGAAAUUCCACACUUGACAAACACUGUCUUGUUCCUUCUUACAUUACAGAUUGAUCUGCCUUGGCGUCACGUCAUUAUGCACUUACCCAUACGCUGUCUUCAGCUUUGAAAUAUAUUUGAAUUGCUAUAGUUUUAUAAUCUAUUGUAAUAAUUGGCCAGAUGUGACAUGUUUCCUCUUUAUUACAGUUAUCGUAUUAUUGAGAAACCGAACAGUGUGCACCUGCAGUUUAAACACCAGUUGGUGGGAAACGAGCAGAUGCUCUGUUAUCUUUUGACUCACUAUGUUGUCAAAUCCUGGGCUUUCCUUUUUUACAGUGGUAAUCUGUACAAAAUAGGAUCCUUUAAAAACAGGGUCCGUCCAAACCACCUUUAAUUUAUCUACUUAAAAGCUGCACUGAAAAAAUUGUGUGAUUGUUAAUUUCACAGCUCAGAAAAUAUGUGAUCUAUUAAACACUGCAAAAUGGGUUUUCUUUGUUUUACUUAUAUUACAUGGACAUUCAAAAUAUGAACACCUUUAAUAUGACACCAAAUUAAGCAGUAAAAACUUAAUAGCCUCUUUUACUUUAUUAAUUGUACCGUUUAUCACAUUUCAGUAGAAGUGCUUUUGAUAGACUGCUGAGGGAAACAUGGCCGGUAUGACUGGGCUAUUUCAGUCAUGCACCACAUCACACUGCUGCACCCGAGGUUUAGUCCUGAUCACAUGUCUAUCCCGAGGAUAUUAAAUUCACAUUGUGACCACACAUUUAAAUGCAACAGCUCAAAGUUUUUUCUGCAGGGCUAAACUGUACCCGUAGGUUAAUGACUACGAUAUUACAUAACUGAUCAUGAGUUGGGAAAAUCACCAUAAUGUUUGAUUUUGUUCCAGUUUCACCGCAGUGCCAGUUUCAGUUCUUCUAUUUGAUGCUUUAUUGUGGCUUUCAAAUGACAGUUGAUGUAAGUUUAUUAAUAUUGAACAAGUGUCACACAUGUGUCCCUAAGUGUGUUAUUAUCAGUACCUGUAGCUGUCCAUGGUCCUGGAGGAACGUUUCCACCUAAUACUUUAUUUUACUGAUUUAACAGGAUGUGCCAGUGCUUCAUAUUUAUCAUGUUGGUCCUGAAGGUUACAUUUGACAUGGCCGCCCUCUAGUGGUUUUAUGCAUAAACUGCGUGUAGAUAUUUCCUUCUCUGAACUUGUUCAAAAUAACCAAAUAUAGGAGAAAAGGCAGAGCUUGAGGACAGUUAUUGAAUUAUUCCCCAGAUUUUUAUGACAUAUUUGUACAACAAAUAUCAGGUAUGUUGCAAAGUAAAAAAAAAUAAAAUCUUUUCAAGUA